CGGUUACCGGGGCCGUGUCACGUGUGUUUCUAUUUUCUCCGCCGUUCCCUCCGCCCCGGAAGCGCUCCGCCGAACAGACGCAGAUCACGUUUCUCUCCAUCACACGUCACACUCCGCUCACCGAGCACCCAGAGCUCCGCGGGCCGGACCGAGCCGGACCAAGACAUGUCCCUGCAGCUGCCCCCGUGCGUGAUAGACUGUGGGACCGGGUACACAAAGAUCGGAUAUGCAGGGAACACGGAACCACAGUUCAUCAUGCCAUCCUGUAUCUCCAUCAAGGAGUCGGCUGGUGUGGGGGAGCAGGCCCAGAGGAGGCUCGUACGAGGAGUCGAUGACCUGGACUUCUACAUCGGAGACGAAGCCGUAGACAAACCCAACUAUGCAACCAAGUGGCCCAUCCGUCAUGGGAUGGUGGAGGACUGGGACCUGAUGGAGAAGUUUAUGGAGCAGGUUAUCUUCAAAUACCUGCGAGCUGAGCCUGAAGACCACAGCUUCCUCAUGACGGAGCCUCCUCUCAACACUCCUGAGAACAGAGAAUACCUGGCUGAGAUCAUGUUUGAGACCUUCAACAUACCUGGACUCUACAUUGCAGUACAGGCGGUCCUGGCUUUGGCGGCCUCUUGGACGUCCCGUCAGGUGGGACAGAGGACUCUAACCGGCAUCGUGAUUGACAGCGGGGAUGGAGUGACCCACGCCAUCCCAGUGGCCGAGGGCUACGUGAUUGGCAGCUGCAUAAAACACAUCCCCAUCGCAGGGCGGGACAUCACCUUCUUCAUCCAACAGCUGCUCAGAGACAGAGAGGUGGGGAUUCCUCCGGAGCAGUCGCUGGAGACCGCCAAGAUCGUCAAGGAGCGGUACUGCUACAUCUGUCCAGACAUCGUCAAGGAGUUCUCCAAGUACGACUGUGAUCCUGGGAAAUGGAUCAAACAGUACCGAGGAGUGAACAGCAUCAGCCGGACCUCCUUCCACAUCGAUGUGGGCUACGAACGCUUCCUGGGCCCUGAGAUCUUCUUCCACCCCGAGUUUGCUAACCCGGACUUCAUGCAGCCCAUCUCUGACGUCGUUGAUGAGGUCAUUCAGAGCUGUCCAAUCGAUGUGAGGAGGCCGCUCUACAAGAACAUCGUGCUGUCCGGAGGCUCCACCAUGUUCAGAGACUUUGGACGGCGGCUGCAGAGAGACCUGAAAAGGGUGGUGGACGCCCGGCUGAGGCUGAGCGAAGAGCUGAGUGGAGGACGGAUAAAGCCGAAGCCCAUGGAGGUGCAGGUGGUCACACAUCACAUGCAGCGUUACGCUGUCUGGUUUGGAGGCUCCAUGUUGGCGUCCACGCCGGAGUUUUCCCAGGUGUGCCACUCGAAGAAGGACUACGAUGAAAUUGGCCCGAGUAUCUGCCGACACAACCCCGUGUUCGGCAUCAUGUCCUGAUGGCAGGACGCUAGCCUGUUAGCCUGCUAGCCUUUAGCCUGCUAGCCUGUUAGCUGCAGGCCCGUUUACCUGCUGUCUGCUAGCCACCAGCCACUUAGCCAUUAGCCUGUUAGCUCUUUGCCCUAUUCAGUUUUUACCCUUUUAGGCGACCAGCCUGUUAGAAUGAAGCACACAGAGGGAAAGUGAAGCAGACGGGGGGGAAAGUGAAGCUCAGCGUUUGCUUUGGUUCCUGUUUAGUACGUUUCCAGAAGCAGCGUUUAGAGGAAUCGGCGUCUGUCAGGAAGUCAAAGAGCUGUUGGAGGGUUUCUGACUGCUGUGGAUGAAACAGGCUUAGAGGAAUGUUGCUGAUGAAGACUGAACCUGAAGACCAGAGUUCUGCUCCAUGGAACCACUCCAGCAGAUCCAGGAGUUCUUUCCGUCGUCCGGCUUCACGGAACCAAACAUGAGCCACAGAUGGCACCAGAGUGACAUGUUUUCCACCAGAGAGAGCAGCUGAUGAGCAGCUCCAGGUGGUCGGUGGUUUGGUGGAGCUGGGUGAAGAUCAGAGGUCUUGAUUGCUGCAGAGGUUCUUCAGACAUCCACAGUUUCAGCUAAUCCAGAUUGAAGCCAAGGAAUCAUCCUCCUCCUCACACACUGCCUGUCAGUUCCUCCGCAUGCGUUCAUGUUCAGGAGUUUUCUGUGUCACUCCCUGUAAAACACGUAAACUGAGUCGCACACAUGAAACACGUAUGUUCAGGUUCAGUGUUAACGGGACUCCCGGCAGCGUCAACUGAUCCUAACAGGAGCAACCGCCUCCAUUCGUCUUCAUGUUUCUGCACCAUGAACAUCAGAUCUUCUGGUCUCAGCAGGAUGCAGGGAUCCUCAGAGAUGUUUGAGGUGGUGUUUCCUCCUGAUGGUGGACCUGCUGCCCUCAGACUGUUUAUAUUUGUAAAGACACAUCACCUCUACUCAGACGUUCUCUAGAGAACCACAUAGAUCUGUUUCCUGUAUAUAUCUCUGCUGUACAUCCUGAGAGGACGGUCGGGUCCAAACACCAGCAGCACGGUCAGCUGGUUCCUCUACAGUUCCAGAACCAUUUAAUCCUCUGAACCCAGAACCUGCCGGCGGGUCUGACAGACGUGUUCUUCUAAAAACCACCAGAACGACGUCAUCCAGCAUUUAUCAGGGCAGUUAGCCAAAUCUGAGCUAAAAAUCACCUUAAAUUUAAAACUGAUCCUAAAACAAACCGUUUCUAACCAGGUCCAGGAGAACCAGAACCUUCCUGCUCCUGGUUCUGGUUCUCCAGGACCGACUCAGCAUCCAGAGAGUUUCAGGUUGAACUGCAGGCAGUGUUUCCUCAGAGAGACUGAAAUAAAUGCAGCAGAAACAGAGAAGAGAGGAUCUAGUAGAUGGAGAUCCAUCCAGCUGGAGGAACAUCUUCUCCAGCUGAUGAGCAGAGAGGAAACAUGGAGAUAGAAAACAUCUACAGGAUGAGGAGACGACAUGAGACACAAUGAGAAUCUAAAUGAUGUAAAUGAAACUGAAAAUGAUAUAAAUGAGAUUAAAGUCAAUAAGAGAAUGACAGGAGACAAAAACAAUUACGAAAAGACGCAACAAAACAAAGAAAUAAGAGACUAAUGACUACAGUGAAACUGGAAAUGACCAAUCAGAAUCUACAAAAAUGAGACAAAGUGACAGGAGAGAAAACUGGUUUAAACAAUAAAAUAUGAGACAGGCGACACACUGUGUUUCAGUCCAGGAAUUGGUCCUUGUAUCUACAGCACCUGGAGCCUCCGUCUUGUUUCCGCACUUGCUGGAGGUGCGUUUGAUUUCCUCACCUGCGGCUGGUGGUACUGCGCUGCUGUUUGGACCCGACAGGCAGCAAGUCCAGUCUGAUGAUGUUGGUUUGAUGCUGAUAAAUAAAUCUGAUGUGUUCAGAACUGA